AUGUCUAUCCCAAAUGACAAUGCCGGGUGGGAGGCCACGAUCUCCUCGUAUCAAAACUCCCUGACCGAGGUUUCCACCGAACAGCGCGCAUCAAUCACCUCCCAAGUCAACCGGACAAUCGACCACACCCAGCUAGCUCUAGCAGCAACAGAGGAACAAAUCGACGAGCUGUGCACUCAAGCCUCAAAGUACCAAUUCGCAACGGUAUGCGUCCGCCUUAACUACGUUCAGCAAGCUGUGCAGAAACUCAGUCAAUCGCCUGAUGUCGGGGUCGCAUGCGUGGUUGGUUUCCACGAGGGCAUGUACGAGACCUCCGAGAAAAAAGAUGAAGCCCGGAAAGCAGCUGAACUUGGCGCUACGGAGCUGGAUAUGGUACUGAAGUACCCAUUGCUCAAGUCAAAGCAAUACGUCGACGUCUACGAGGAUAUUUUGGGUGUGCGCAAUGCGGCUCCUUCUCCCAUUGGAUUGAAGGUUAUUCUGGAAACCUCACAAUUGACUCGAGAAGAGAUCAUUGCGGGGUCUGUGAUUUCGUGCUUGGCUGGGGCUGAUUACAUUAAGACGAGCACGGGUUUCAACGGCGCGGGCGCGACGGCUGAAAAUGUGGCUUUGAUGUAUGAGACCGCAAAGCUCGUGGGCAAGGGGACGAAGGUCAAGGCUAGUGGUGGUGUCCGAACUGCGGCAGAUUGCCUAAAGAUGCUGAAAGCUGGCGCUGAGCGGAUUGGUGCUAGCUCUGGGGUGAAGAUUGUGCAGGAGCUGGAGGGUGCUGAGAUCCGGGAGCAGGGACCGUCUGAUGGGUACUAA